CGGCGCGAGCCGGCGCCGGGAACGUUCGCCGCGGGGCGGCUCCAGGGCCUGAGUGGGCGCCGCCGCCUCAGUCGCUGCCGCUGCUUCAGCCGCCUCUGCCGAGGGGGCCGGGUCGGAGGAGGCUGCGGCCGCCGGAGAGCCACGCGACGGCCCCUCAGCUCCGGCCGGGAAGCGAGCCAGGAUGAUUGAGGAAGGUGGGAACAAGCGGAAGACCAUGGCGGAGAAGAGGCAGCUCUUCAUAGAAAUGCGUGCUCAGAAUUUCGAUGUCAUACGACUAUCAACGUACAGAACAGCAUGCAAGUUACGAUUUGUGCAGAAGCGGUGUAACCUCCAUCUCGUUGAUAUCUGGAACAUGAUCGAAGCUUUCCGAGACAAUGGCCUUAACACACUGGACCACACCACGGAGAUCAGCGUGUCCCGCCUGGAGACCGUCAUCUCUUCCAUCUACUAUCAGUUGAACAAGCGCCUUCCUUCCACUCACCAAAUCAGCGUGGAGCAGUCCAUCAGUCUCCUCCUCAACUUUAUGAUCGCCGCCUACGACAGCGAGGGCCGAGGCAAGCUGACUGUCUUUUCAGUUAAAGCUAUGUUAGCAACCAUGUGUGGUGGAAAGAUGCUGGACAAAUUGAGAUACAUUUUCUCCCAGAUGUCAGAUUCCAAUGGCUUAAUGAUGUUUGGCAAGCUUGACCAGUUUCUGAAGGAAGCCCUGAAACUCCCAACAGCUGUCUUUGAAGGGCCUUCCUUUGGUUACACGGAACACGCAGUCCGUACCUGUUUCCCACAGCAGAAGAAGAUAAUGCUGAAUAUGUUUUUAGACACCAUGAUGGCCGAUCCUCCUCCACAGUGCCUUGUCUGGCUACCUCUCAUGCACAGGCUUGCCCAUGUCGAGAAUGUCUUCCAUCCUGUGGAAUGCUCCUACUGUCACUGCGAGAGCAUGAUGGGCUUCCGAUACCGAUGCCAGCAAUGCCACAACUAUCAGCUCUGCCAGAACUGCUUUUGGCGUGGCCAUGCCAGUGGCCCUCACAGCAACCAGCACCAGAUGAAGGAGCAUUCCUCUUGGAAAUCCCCUGCAAAGAAGCUGAGCCAUGCAAUUAGUAAAUCUUUGGGAUGUGUACCCUCCAGAGAACCCCCACAUCCUGUUUUUCCUGAGCAACCAGAGAAACCACUUGACCUUGCACAUAUCGUUCCUCCUCGCCCUCUGACCAAUAUGAAUGACACCGUGGUUAGCCACAUGUCCUCUGGAGUGCCCACUCCCACCAAGAGGUUACAGUAUGGCCAGGACAUGCCCAAUCUCUUGGCCGAUGAGCAUGCACUGAUAGCCUCCUAUGUGGCCCGUCUGCAACACUGCACACGUGUCCUGGACAGUCCUAGCCGACUGGAUGAGGAACACCGGCUUAUAGCCCGCUAUGCUGCCCGGCUAGCUGCAGAGGCAGGAAACAUGACUCGUCCUCCCACUGAUGCCAGCUUCAACUUUGAUGCCAACAAACAGCAGCGACAGCUCAUCGCAGAACUGGAAAACAAGAACAGAGAGAUCCUGCAGGAGAUCCAGCGCCUGCGGCUGGAGCAUGAACAGGCUUCGCAGCCCACUCCUGAGAAGGCCCAGCAGAACCCAACGCUGCUCGCAGAGCUGCGCCUGCUGAGGCAAAGGAAAGAUGAGCUGGAGCAGAGGAUGUCGGCGCUGCAGGAGAGUAGGCGGGAGCUGAUGGUGCAGCUGGAGGGGCUGAUGAAGCUGCUAAAGGCUCAAGCCACAGGGUCACCACAUACAUCACCCACUCACGGAGGUGGCCGCUCUAUGCCCAUGCCCGUGCGUUCCACAUCUGCUGGCUCCACCCCGACCCACGGCCCGCAGGAUUCACUGAGUGGAGUUGGGGGAGAUGUGCAGGAGGCCUUUGCACAAGGUACGAGGAGAAACCUCCGCAAUGACCUGCUGGUGGCUGCUGACUCCAUUACCAACACCAUGUCAUCCCUGGUGAAGGAGCUCCAUUCAGGUGAAACCCAGCGCUUUCCGCUGGUCUCCUCCUCCCCUUCAUCCCCCGUGCCCGGUCCCACCAUCCCCGCACACAGCCCUUCUUUCCACGCCGCUUUCCCUUCUAGGAAUACACGGGAUCUUCACCCAGUGCCUCCUUCCCACAUGGUCAGUUUAUAUUAGGAACAGUCUGAUGGAGGAGACAGUUCCAGCUGGAAGGAAACCUUGCUCUCGGCGCAGCCAGACCCCUCCUUACUUCCUCUUCUCUGCCUACAUCUUUCCCUAGGCUGGCCACCGCUUCAUUCUGAAACUAUCCUGGAUGUGGCCGCCGUCAGCACCAAGCCACCUCUCUCUGUUCCAGCCGCCCUUUGGCUCUCCUGCUUGAUUCUGUUUUGAAACUGUCUUCUCCUCUUGUCUGUGAGCAGGCUCUGAUCUCACCUGAAGACCCCAGCGGCAGCUCCCUCCGUCCUCCAUGUUGGGUCCUAUCUGACUUCUUUUUCCGUCUCUCCAUGACUCAGCCACUGCCGUGGCUUCCUGGAGUUCUCUGCUUCACAGCCUUUCCCCCCAACCCUUACAUGAAACCUAGGAAAGAAAGAGGAGAAAAGACCACCAUACCUCUAGUACCCCCAGGCACCAUCCGUGAUAAGCUCAUGCUUAGGAAUCAUUUUCCAGCCGUGGCAUCCUUACGAGGGCUACCAUCCUGAGCGCUGCGGCAUCACACCAGGGACCCACCGCUGUCCUUUAUUACCCAAUGCAGUGCUUGUAAGGACAGCAGUGGCUUAGCAGGACUGCUGAGUAGAAGCUAGAGCAGCAUCCCAUGGAUCGUCCAGACACUGCAUGGACGCACGCCCGCCCGGGGUGUUUUUCAGCAGAGGGAAGCCUCCCCUCUAGGACUGUUGUUUUUGCCACACUUACCCUCAAGUCCAUCUGUUUUC